UGAAAAUGCAGAUUUAGCAUCCAGCCCAGACAUACACUUGGUCUUUCUCUCAGAUACACACGGCUCCCCACAUUCGCACCCCUGCAAGCGAGCCUGGCCGGCCGACUACACAGCGUCCCCGCCAACCAGAUGCUGGAGGAGAACACACAUUGAUUUUGCUGCUUUCCAAGCCCCUAGCUAGCCUCUUCCCUUAUUUUAAGAUUUUUUAAAAGAAAAAAAAAAAAACUAUAUAUAUUUUGAUUUGCACCUUCCCUCCGGGGCCCCUGCUCAACCAGCCUGUGCGCCUCCAGCACCACUUUUCACUCCCGAAGAAAGAUGAAGGGUGGCUGUGUCUCCCAGUGGAAGGCGGCCGCCGGGCUCCUCUUCUGUGUCAUGGCUUUUGCAUCUGCCGAGAGACCGGUCUUCACGAAUCAUUUUCUUGUGGAGUUGCAUAAAGGGGGAGAGGAGGAAGCUCGCCAAGUUGCAGCAGAACAUGGCUUUGGAGUCCGAAAGCUCCCCUUCACUGAAGGUCUGUACCACUUUUAUCACAAUGGUCUUGCAAAGGCCAAGAGAAGACGGAGCCUGCACCACAAGCAGCAGCUGGAGAGAGACCCCAGGGUAAAGAUGGCCUUGCAACAGGAGGGAUUUGACCGAAAAAAGCGAGGGUAUAGAGACAUCAAUGAAAUUGACAUCAACAUGAACGACCCUCUUUUUACAAAGCAAUGGUAUCUGAUCAAUACCGGGCAAGCAGACGGCACCCCUGGCCUUGAUUUGAAUGUGGCAGAAGCUUGGGAGCUGGGAUACACAGGGAAAGGAGUUACCAUUGGAAUUAUGGAUGAUGGGAUUGACUACCUCCAUCCGGACCUGGCCUCAAACUAUAAUGCCGAAGCAAGUUAUGACUUUAGCAGCAACGACCCCUAUCCUUAUCCUCGGUACACAGAUGACUGGUUUAACAGCCAUGGGACCCGAUGUGCAGGGGAAGUUUCGGCUGCAGCCAACAAUAAUAUCUGCGGGGUUGGAGUGGCGUACAACUCCAAGGUGGCAGGUAUCCGGAUGUUGGACCAGCCCUUCAUGACAGACAUCAUCGAGGCCUCCUCCAUCAGUCACAUGCCGCAGCUCAUAGACAUCUACAGCGCCAGCUGGGGCCCGACGGACAAUGGGAAGACGGUGGACGGGCCCCGGGAGCUCACUCUUCAAGCGAUGGCCGAUGGAGUGAACAAGGGCCGAGGGGGCAAGGGCAGCAUCUACGUGUGGGCCUCGGGGGACGGUGGCAGCUACGAUGACUGUAACUGCGACGGCUACGCCUCCAGCAUGUGGACCAUCUCCAUCAACUCUGCCAUCAACGACGGCAGGACCGCCCUGUAUGACGAGAGCUGCUCCUCCACCUUGGCCUCCACCUUCAGCAACGGCCGGAAGAGGAACCCCGAGGCCGGAGUGGCGACCACGGAUUUGUAUGGCAACUGCACGCUGAGGCAUUCUGGGACAUCUGCCGCUGCUCCCGAGGCAGCUGGUGUGUUUGCACUGGCUUUGGAGGCUAAUCUGGGACUGACCUGGCGAGACAUGCAGCACCUGACAGUGCUCACCUCCAAACGGAACCAGCUCCAUGACGAGGUCCACCAGUGGCGGCGGAACGGGGUCGGCCUGGAGUUUAACCACCUCUUUGGCUACGGCGUCCUUGACGCAGGUUCGAUGGUGAAAAUGGCCAAAGAUUGGAAAACGGUACCCGAGAGAUUCCACUGCGUGGGAGGCUCCGUGCAGAACCCUGAGAAAAUACCACCCACUGGCAAGCUGGUGCUGACCCUCACAACCGACGCGUGUGAGGGGAAAGAAAAUUUUGUCCGCUACCUGGAGCACGUCCAAGCUGUCAUCACAGUCAACGCAACCAGGAGAGGUGACCUGAACAUCAACAUGACAUCCCCAAUGGGCACCAAGUCCAUUUUGCUGAGCCGGCGCCCACGAGACGACGACUCCAAGGUGGGCUUCGACAAGUGGCCGUUCAUGACCACACACACUUGGGGGGAGGAUGCCAGAGGAACCUGGACCCUAGAGCUGGGCUUUGUGGGCAGCGCCCCCCAGAAGGGGGUGCUCAAGGAGUGGACCCUGAUGCUCCACGGCACCCAGAGCGCCCCGUACAUCGACCAGGUCGUGAGGGAUUACCAGUCCAAGCUCGCCAUGUCCAAGAAGGAAGAGCUGGAGGAAGAGCUGGACGAGGCCGUGGAGAGAAGCUUGAAAAGCAUCUUGAGCAAGAACUAGCUCUGCACGCCUGCCGCCCAGCUCUCGCCCCUCCCACCCCGUCUCCUUCCCGGCUCCACUAUUCUGGUAGGCACCUAGCAAUUACUGUCACCCCCAGACGAGUGACUCCAUCUUCUCGAUCUGAAGCUUCGCUCACUGUCAAUGAUUAUUUUCAUUACGAUGGAAGCAAUCUUUUUUAUUCUCUGCCACAAAUACAGUGUUCCCACCAACCUCUAUGCCCUAUUUGUGACUCUGAGUUCUUUAUUUGUGUCAUUCAAAUAGGUGAUAUCUUGCAGACAAAACUGGUACAGCUUUUUCCUCAAUAUUUUUAAUAUCUGAGAAGAAAAAAGAAUGCAUUUAAAAAGCUACACACAGUGACUCCGGGAAUACUUUUCAGUGGUCCCAGUUGAAGACCUGUUGGGUAAAAAGAAAAUCAAAGAUGAUCACAGAUGGUGAACUUUGAAUCUCUUCAAGCACAGGAGAUGCUACAGAUCCUUUGGGGAAAGAUGACUGAAUUUAGCAGGAUUUGUCAGUGGCAUAGAUGAAGGUGGCAUGGAUUCAAAAGAUGCCGUCUAGAGAGAGUUCAACUGAUGGAUGGGGAAAAGGAGAGUCAGAAAUCAUGGGCAUUUGGAAAUGGCACACCCAGCACCAAGCUCAUCACUUCUCUCCAGCCAGCAUGAAAAUUACAAAAUGGAAGUAGACUGGCUGGCCUGGUACCACCUGCUGCUUUCAGUUAGGAUAGAAUCUCCUAGCGUUGCCCACCCCCCCCCCAAAAAAAAAAAA